AGCUGUAGUAUCUUCUAGUGAGAUUUGAUAUUCAGAUCACUUGUUUUGCUAUAGUAUCUUCUAGUAUCUUCUGUAGUAUCUUCUAUAAUUAUCUAGGACAAGUACAUAGUUUUUUCCAGACAGUGGAAACAAAUCUAUGCCUACUUUGCUCUACUGCCCUUUUGUCAAAUGCUCUACUAGAUGUGUCUGCAACCACCAAAUCUCUCCCAGGAUUGAAUUCUAUUCAGAGACUGUACAUUUGUAGCUGAAAAAAUAAUCUCUCUAUCCUUGAGGGAUAGGGAAGCUCUCAACAGAGUACAAAAAAGAGCUGAAAGAGCCCAACUGCCCCACAAUUCAUGCCUCUACAAAAGUUCCCCUCACCUUAAGGCAGGGACUAAAAGAGGAGCUGGGUAGGCUUAUUGCUUUGGGAAUCAUAGCACGCAUAUAAAUGAAUCAGCAGAGUGAGUAAACUCAUUGGUUAUUGUAGGAAAAAAGACAGAACCCUUCACUUGUAUAUAGACCUAAAAGAAUGAAAUAAAUAUGUAAAAAGGGAACAUUUUCCACUACCUAUCAGGGGAGAAAUUUUUGGGGAAAUGGCUGAUGCCAAAUAUUUUUCUUUGCUUGAGACGUCACCAGGGCCUGGCAAACACACCACUGCUCAUGCCAUUUGCUGCUCAUAGAUCACUCUGUGCUUACAGUGCUUAAGGGCUCUUCUUUAUUCUGUGUCUGGUUUCAACUGGCUGUGCAUAACAACAACAUGUCCACAGCACCUGGACCAGACACUCUCUCUGGGAAGCUCAACCAUUAACGACAGUCCCCCAUAUCACACAGAUAUCUAAGAAACAAAUAAGGGGCUGUUUGAAGUUCUUCUCAAAGAACAAUAAACAUUAAAUAUAAAAAUAGCAUGGGGAAAAAUAAUCCUUUGAGCACUUCUCAGAAUAACUGAUUUUUGCAAGACUUGUGGUCUAAAUCAUCACUUAGUUACUGGUGAGACAAACUGGCACAAAAUCAUGGCACUGUAAAUGACUACUUAAUAGUUAGCCCACACAUCACAUAUACGUUACCUUGAAAUUCUUAUUUCUUUGUAUUCUUUACCCAUGGUUAUAAUACAAUUGCUAGUGAUAUUUCAUUUUGAUGAAGAACUAAAAAUGAAUUUUAUGGUAAAUAUAUUCUAUAGUAAAAACAUUAGUAAAGGUUCUUUGUUAGAAAUAAUGUCCACUGCUCUUACUGUAAUUUAUCCAUUAACAUUCAGUAGUGUGUCAGUUUUUCCUGCAAGAAAUACAUAAGUUAUUAAUGAAGGGCUGAAUUGAUUACGUAUCUGAACGGAAACACAAAGCAACUUAUCCAUAAUAGGGAGGGUUGUCGGUGAAGAGUGUUGGGCAAGUGUGGGUUUGAGGGGAUUAUCCUCCACUUCGACCCUGCAUGGGUUGCUGGAAUAAAUUCAUGUGCAUCAAAUUAUAUGGGUUCCCUCAUCACAUAGAUAAUUCCCCACCUCAGAUGAGAGGGUUUGAUGGCAGUGGCUGGUGGGGAAGCAGUGCUUCUAUAGAUGCUGAACAGAUCUGAGGGUCAGGGAAAGCACUGAAUCUGUGUAGAGGCCAGCACCUCUGAAUGAAUGGCACUCACCUUUCUCAGUCUCUCAACACCCAAGAAGAUCUGGAAGAUAUCUGAGUUUUGGGGGAAAACAUUCCUAGCAGUUCUUCAGGACAAAUCCUUCCUUCAUGGAAUAAUCAGGUAGAAACCCUGCAAGUCAAUGUUUUUUUUUUUUUUUUUUAAAUAUUCAUGAUCUACUUAAAGUUAGAAUGUGCCUAGCCCUUACUUGGUUACACAGAGGCAUAAAUGGGUGUAAGGAUUCACUGUUUCCUUGCAAGGGUGUGUAAGGGAUGGAACUUCAGUUUCACCCCUGGCAUUCAGGGGAGCACAAGGGGCUAGGCCCAGAUGCUUCCCCCAGGAGCAACUGGAUAGCAAGUAGGCAGAGCCAAAGCUACUCCUCACUAAGAAAGCACUGAAAGGAGGAACUAUAAUGGCCAUGCUUUCUGAUCUAAGGGCCAGUGAACAAGACCAAAGGAAAUCUCAUUCCUGAGGAUUUUUUUUCCUUUUCUGAUCUUAGCCCUCAGUAGAGAAGAUGGAAAGUGACAGGAAAUAGACUAGUGGUAAAAAGAAAAGAAAUGGUCCUGCAGGAGCGGUAGAAGCCUUUUUGCUGAAUUCAGAAACACUGAGCAGUGUGCCACAAAAUAAAGAAUCCUAAUCUCAUCUACACCAGUUUUCACAACAGUAACACCAUUGCGUGAAAGCCUGGUUCCACUGAAGUCAAUGCAAAGCUCCCAUUAGCUUCCUGGGGGGCCAAGAUUUUACUGGAAUUAUUCCUGAUUUACACCAGUAUAAUUCAGCUCAUAAUCAGCCUUAUUAAAUUUAUAUUGCAGGAUGCGAAGACUUUCAUCUGACUUUUGUCAGGUAAGCCUAACUUCAGUAGCAGGCAAAUUGGUUGAAACUAUAGUAAAGAACAGAGUUCUCAGGCACAUCAAUGAACAUGAUAUGUUGGGGAAGAGUCAACAUGGCUUUUGUAAAGGAAAAAUCAUGCCUCACGGAUGUAUUCAAAUUCUUUGAGAGUGUCAACAAACAUGUGGGAAAGGGUGAUCCUGCUGAUAAUGUAUACUUUGACUUUCAGAAAACAUUUGGCAAGGUCCCUCAUCAAAGGCUCUUAAGCACAGUAAGCAGUCUUGGGAUGGUUAGUCUUUCAGGAAUGUGUUAGCACUGGGAGAAACACCUGGAAAAUUGGCUCAGAUUCCUGCAGUACUAUGAACCCUUUUUGAAUACUCAAGAAAUCACUACAGGAAAGAUUGAUGCUGCUCGCUGAGGGAAGAAAUGCUUUGUCUGUGUGAUUCCCGGAAGCAAUAAGCACCUACAUGAAAAUAACUCAAGUCCCCAUCCUUAAUCCCCUGCCUAUCCUUUUUUAUCUGAUGGAUUCAGUGAGGGCUGGAAGAUCACUGUGCGAAUGAAAUGGAAAGAGAGUUAACAAGAUGUGACCAGUCCCUGGACAAAACAAUAGAGAAAAAUCUUCACUUUGUCUAGUAUCUGGAAGUCGUCCUCAUGUGCAGGUAACAAUGUGGAUCACUGUGGGCUUGGUCUGCUGCUUAGUUUUUGGAGGACUGCCUUCGGCUCACUGCACUUGCCCUUCCCAAUGUAGCUGCGCCUUCUAUAGUAUCAAUGAAGGAACAAAAGCAAGAACUGUGCUGUGCAAUGACCCAGAGAUGACACUCACCCCUGUGAACAUCCCAGGAGAUACAUCUAAACUUCGAAUAGAAAAGACGGCCAUCAGGAGAGUACCAGGAGAAGCUUUCCAUUCUCUCCGUAACCUGGAAUACCUCUGGAUGCCCUACAAUUCUUUGGCUAGUGUCAGUGUGAUUACCUUUAGGGGUCUCCGCCGGUUACAGGAAUUGAGACUGGACGGGAAUGACUUAAUCUUAUUUCCAUGGGAAGUUCUUGCAGACAUGCCCCAGCUACGGCUGCUGGAUUUACACAAUAAUGAACUCACCUCAAUACCAGCAGAAGCUGCUCGUUACAUCAAGAACAUCACCUACUUGGAUCUGUCUAGCAAUAAACUGAUGACUCUUCCUCAAGAGCUUAUUUCAACCUGGGCUAACCUCCAGGCAGUUCCUUACUUCCCCAAUGACAAUUCCAAGAUCAUCUUAGGUUUGCAGGACAAUCCUUGGGUGUGUGACUGCAGUCUGUAUGAAAUGGUCCAUUUCCUAAACUUCCAGUCUCCUAACAUAGCAUUUAUAGAGCCAAGACUGAAAUGCUUUACCCCACGGAGUCUUGCUGGAGUCUUCUUCAGUCAAGUCGAACUAAGAAAAUGUCAAAGCCCUGUUGUACAUACUUCUGUAGCCAAAGUGAAGACCAUACUGGGUAGCACUGUGUUACUGCGGUGUGGUACUACUGGGGUACCUAUUCCUGAACUCAGCUGGAGACGGGCUGAUGGUAAUCAACUCAAUGGCACAGUGCACCAGGAAAUUUCUAGUGAUGGAAUGAGCUGGUCUAUUCUAGGCUUGCCUGUAGUCUCCUAUCUGGAUUCUGGAGAGUACAUUUGUAAAGCAAAGAACUUCCUAGGGGCUACAGAGGCUUUCAUAUCCCUCAUCAUCACUGAUUCUGAAGGCACUGAUGACCCUAAUGCUAACUCUAAAGGAGUAUGGAAUGGGAAGGUGAGCGGGAUGGAAGCAGCUGCUUACAAUGAUAAGCUGGUGGCUAGGUACGUUAUCACAACCUCAACUUCACCUACAUUAGGUGCCAGACCAGUCCGUGUUAACACAGAAGAGAAUCUAGGGUUCCAGAAUGAGGCACAGAAUAUGGUUAAGGAGCAGAAUAACAAUCCAAGAAAUCUUCUAUCAAGUCUACCUCCUGGUCAACAGGAGCCAGAACGUAUAGUGAGGUCUGUCAGAGUGAUAGGAGACACGGAUCAAAGUGUCUCAUUGGCCUGGAAAGCUCCUCAGGCAAAGAACACAACCAUAUUCAGUGUCCUUUAUGCCAUUUUUGGAGAAAGGGAAAUGCGCAGAAUCAGUGUGGAGCCAGGUAAGACUAAGAUCACCAUUGACGGGCUGAUGCCAAAGACCAAAUACAUAGUGUGUGUCUGUGUGAAAGGGCUGAUCCCCAGGAAGGAGCAAUGCAUCAUAUUUUCCACAGAUGAAGUUGCCAGUGCCGGUGGAACCCAAAAACUCAUUAAUGUGGUGGUGAUCAGUGUGGCCUGUGUCAUUGCUGUGCCUCUGACCCUAGUGGUCUGCUGUGGGGCAUUGAAAAGGCGCUGCAAAAAAUGCUUAGUGCGGAAACCCAAGGAAGUUCAGGAGUCCUAUGUCACAUUUGAAAGUCUGUCUCCAGGGGCCAAAACUAAAGGAGGGGAAGGAGAAUACUUGACUAGACACACCCCAGAUGAGUCUAACAGACUGCUGUCUGCACGAUCUAGCGUGGACUCAGAAGCAAUACCAAAGACAGAGGGGCAACCCAAUGAGUACUUUUGCUGAUAUUACUAGGCUAAUUGUUGGCAUGUUAGACACACAUGCACACACAAAUGCAUAUGACUCUUUACCCUGUAGAUCUUACACCAGAAUAUGCUGUUGCAGGUCAAUAUGUCAGUAGUAAUGUAUCCCAACAUGUUCAAGAGAGCAACGUGAGAAGACUGGUUAUACUCCGCUCUUUUGGAACAUUUUGCACAGUUUUGUUUGCUGAGUUGCAUCUAAUCAGAUAGAUGCGAAAGAUUUCUGUGAUUGUUCCUAAAUUCCCCUGGGAUAGCAUUCCUUUGUCAAAAAUGAAGUUGUCAGAUGGAAUAUGAGAAUAUUAAGUAAUGUUGUCAAAUACAUUCUUGCAUAUUGUUGUUUGAAUAUCUGGCUUGUUGUACACUAAAUAUUUUAAUAUCGACUAUGUUGAAUUCCUUUAGGAUGAUAAACAAUGAAGUUGUUUCUAAUGAUAAUAGAAAUUUAACUACAAAUGUUGUGAAGAUUCAUAGACUCAUUUGGUACUCCCAAAACAAUUAAAAGCUUGAUGCUUAAUAGAUCAUGAAAGCAAAUACACAAUUAACUAUAAAAUGUGACAAUCAUAAUUUAUUAUUACAUUAAUGUAUUGAUUUGAGGAAAAAUAGUAAAGAGUAGCAACCAAAAGAAUAAAUUAUGUAAGUGUGAUCUCGGUAUUUAAUACUUAAUGCCACAUCCCUCACAGAUUUCUACGUUUACCAAUAACAUUUUGCAAUGUCAGAUUAGUAUUUUUGUAUGGCAGAUUAGUUGAUGAAGUAUGUGAUUGACUAACAUGUUGUUAUUUGUACUUAUUAGGUGUCAAAUGGUGGUUUUAGACGUUUCACAAAGACAAUAUUCUUGCAGUAAAUGGGUUUUUGUAUAGUGAGAUUAUCUACAAUACAAUAUUUGGCAAAUAAUUUAAUUUUACUGGGUCAGAUUCUGCUCUCAUUUACAUCAGUGUCAAGCUGAAGUGACUUUAGUCUGGAGUAACUCCACUGAAAUCAGCAUAGUGACACAGGGUAAAUGAAUGGAUAGUCUGGCCCUUAAGAAUCAAGGGCACAAUAUUUUAAAUGUUCCUGACAUGAGUAGCAUGUACUCAGCUGAGUAGAUCAAAGGAAUUACUCACAUGAGUAAGAUUUACAGGACUAGACUGCAAGAGAUAUGCAUUUACUUUCUCAGUUGCCUGCCAUCAUCAUGUGUCAUGUGAGUUAGCUCAUCCAGCUAAAGUGAGCAGAAGCAGUUGUUUUCCUCAGGUUACUGGUGGUGAUAAGGGCUACUAUAUUACAUGAUUGUGAUCUUGCUGUAUUGCCAAAGGUCAUCACACAUUGCACAUCACCACUGAAGAAAUAGAGUAUCUGGGGAGUAUAAACACUAAUUUUUGGGAAUAUAUUAUUUGGGUCAAAAUAUUGUUCAUAUAUGAUUGAUGGGGGAAAGAAAUAUUUCAGCCCAUAAUAUUCAUCAUGAGUGUGUUAAGUUUUUCAAACUUUAUCGAACACUUUUUACACUUUGCUUUUGAAUAAAUAGAUGUCUAAAACAA